UAAAAAUUUAACGGACGACAUUGUAUUGAAACGGAGAACCAUUGUAAAGCACGUAAUGGCGACAGAGGCAAACGCAGUUGAACAUGAAUCCAACGAGUCGGAUGAGGACUGUGAGGUAUACUUUAUUUACUUAAAUAUAAUUUUAGUCCUCAAACCGGUCAAUGAGUACAACAUCGUGGAGAAAAUCAAAGAAGCGAACAAGGUUUUAUUUCAGGAAACGACCGAAGUUAAUGAGAAUGCAGUGAGUGUAGAUGCCAUCGACAUAGCUGGAGAUUCAACAACAGAAACAGAGGCUGGUGUUCCAACGCGCAAAGUGACUUUCGCACCCAAUUUAGAAACUUACGAACCGGAUAAUGCACUCUUGGAAACACUGAAACUUACACGUGAGUUCGAGGAAGCAGUUGCCGAGGCAAAGGAGCUCGAUAGAAAAUUAGCGACUAUUUGUGAAUAUCAAAGCAUUUCCGAAGAAACAAACGCCAACGCCGAAGAAAUAAGUAAUACAGAAGUUGUUCAAGAAGAUAUGACAGAUCAAAAAGUUGCAGAAACUCUGCCUUUAACAGAGACAGCACAAGAAGAUGAUGCAAUUAUGCCGGAGUCAACUGUGGAUGUUGCAAGCGCAAUAGCUGCUGAGUCAACAGUUCAGCCAGAUGUCGAAGACGAUAUUAUGGAAGAGAUUUGUGAGGAAAUCGUAGUAAUGGAUAUGGAAAAUAAGGAAGUAAAAUCAGAUACCAUGAAGAUGCCAGUAGACAACCCGCGGCGCAUGGUAAAAAUGCGUACAUUUGAUUGCGCCGAAGAAGAUCCACCAGAUACAAAAGAAGACGAGCAAGACAAUAAAAGUCUGACCAACCUACUAACUUCGGAUGGUGAAGAAGAGUGCUGCAGUGCUGCCACAUUCGAUAUUAACGACGCCAAUAGCGACCUUGACGUAGACGAUAUUGAAGCGGAUACGAGUACAAACGAAGCCGAACACAAAGCAAAUAUGCAUGCCGACGAAGAACCCAACUCCUCGAGGAACGAUGUGACAAAUACGGAGAGCUAUGACCAGGACGACGAUGACGAUGAUCUCUCAAUUAUAGUAGCCUCUUAUCUUCCCGAUGAUUUCGAUCAGAAGCGAUUGAGUAGUGGUCGCCGCAAACCGAUUAAUAAAUCGCGGCGCUUACUCGCGCCAUUAAGUAAACGCUUUUCUAUCCGCGGUAAGUCACUAGCUCGUAAUGCCAUCGGCACAACAAGCCAUGAUGUAGAUGGAUGUAGCAGUGGCCACAGCGCUACAUAUCGAGCGCGUCGACCUCAUUUACCCCCACCGGAAGUGACCGAUUUAAAAUUGAACUAUCGCACCUGCUGUGAAUAUCGACGUCACUUGUCGCAGCCCGAGAAGCUACCCAAAUACACGGGAUAUCUGUCGGAAUAUGGACUGAGUCGCCAGCAACUCGAGGUGCGCGAAGAGAAUUUGCAACGGCAACAGCGUUUUGUAUUGCAGCAGGCAUUGAAGGCCAACGAUGCGGAGAUGCGCAAAAUGCAGGACAAUGAACGGGCCUUCACCACCUGGUUGCGCAAUAAAAUGCGUUUUCCCAUCAAUAAAACCCGCAACAUGUUCGAUGUGAAGCAUCGCAGUCUAGAUGCUGGAUUUGGCGUUGGCGCUGGCGCUUGUGGCGGCAACAGUGCUGUGCGUAAUGCUAGCGGAAAACGGAAAUGAAAUGACUAGUGAAGUAGUUUAUUUCGAGUAUAAGGGAUCUGCCGUGGAAUAGUGAAUUUAUGUUCAAGUCGAGAAUAUUGAGAGGCAGGAUAGCGAACACAACAAAAUACCUUGAAUUUUGCUUUUGUAUUUGGUUAAUCAUACGUUAAUGUUAUAAUAUCUUUAG